AUGAAUAGGUUGAUCAAUUAUUUUAUCAAGAAUGACAUAGUAGGCACCAUACCUUUGAGUAAUGAGGAAGCUAUAACGGCAGCAGUGCCUUUAGAAGAGGAACUUUGGAGAUUUCAAGAAACUUCUCUGAAUAGGCUACUAAAAACUGAUUUUCAAUUGAAGAAAAAAUCUACGGGUAGUGAAGUACUUACCUGCAGUUUGGUGAAGGAACUGUUUGAUGUCAUUGGCUACUUCGUUUUGAAUAUUGUAGUUACAACGCUCAGAACAGGAAAGACGCCUGCAUUGUUGAAGAGGAGCAUUAUAGUCCCAGUAGCCCAAAACAAAUAAUCCACGUAAGCCAGAAGACUUGUGACCCAUCGAUCUAAUGUCUGUCGUCCA